UUUACCUGUAAAAUGGACUCCAUUAGAACUUCACCAAUAAAGACAGCCCUACAGCAUGUGUCUGAGUCAGUGUUCAUGGGACUGUGUGAUAAACUUGGGACCUCACAACUGGUGGCCAUGAGGAGAGAUGUGAUGGACAUCACCGAAAUAAUGGACAUUCAAAGGAGAACAAGUGAUGAUAUCAGUGGAAUGAUGAGUGGAAGUCAAAGAGAAGGAUUCAGACUGGAAGAAUCAGAUGUGGAUGUGAUGUGCUGGCCAAAUAAUCACCGUGUGAUCUGGGAAUUAUCUCAGUCUCAGUAUUACAACACACACAGACAAACACUGAUCUUUAGUGACUGUUCUGGGAGUCCACCAGGAUUCACUUUGUUAUAUUUACUGUCACCAAGCAUGGACAGAUUUAUCCAGACAGUUUGUGCUAGAGUCAAUAACAGAUAUUUUAUCUCCAGUUCAGAAUGUACAAAGAUAUGGUGUUCUGCAGUUUCACCUGACUCCAUUCAACAUGGACCCUGUGCCAGUGGAGUUUUUAUAGAUGAAACAGAAUAUGAUUUAGCCUUCUGUUUGUUUUGUGACUUUUGGCCUUCAUUUGCCUCCUCAUGGAUAAAAAGAUGUCACUCAUGGCCCCAGACUCAUGUUGCUAAUGAAAUAGUAAAUAAUGGAUGUCAUUUUGUACCAGUAGGACACAAACUUGGACGUCAUGAGCACAACGAAUGGAGAAUUUCUUUUUCUCUUGCUGAACAUAAACUUGUGUCUGCUAUGAAUCACUGUCAAUUCUUAAUUUACGGCUUGCUUAAAUUGCACUUAACAGAAAUAAUCAACAAAGGAAGAAGUGAUGAUGAUAAAUUAUUGUGUUCCUAUCACAUGAAGACAGCAGUUUUUUGGGUGAUUCAACAGAAUACAUUACCUCAUUGGUGUCCACAAACUCUCUUGGAGUGUUUCUGGGUUUGUUUUAAACUCAUCCUUAAGUGGGUGUAUGAGGGAGUCUGUCCUAACUUUUUUAUUCCCCAAAAUAUGUUUCUGAGUAAAGUCCACGGUGAAGCACAACAUCAGCUAUUUAUAAGGCUGUAUGGAUUGUAUGAGAAGGGUUUAGUAUUCCUGCUACACAGUCCCUCCAUUAGAACUUGUAUUAUUUCUGAGUAA